AUGGACGAAGAUGGUGCAUCCAUUCAGGAUAGCGAAAAGGACAUCCCGAUUGAACUGACCUCCCAGGAGCGUAGGCGGAUAUUGAGAAAGCUUGACUGGCACUUGCUGCCUUUCGUGUCUUUGCUCUAUUUGCUGUCUUUUUUGGAUCGGAGUAAUGUAGGUAAUGCCAAGGUUGCUGGGAUGGCGGCAGACUUGAAUUUGGUGGGACUGAGAUAUAACACAGCGUCGGCCGUGUUCUAUAUUCUCUACUGUUUGGCUGAAGUACCCUCGAAUAUCGCUCUCAAAGUGUUUCGCCCAUCUCGAUGGAUUCCUCUGAUCAUGGUGGCGUGGGGUCUGGUCAUAACUUUAAUGUGUCUUGUUAAUAGCUAUUCUUCUUUGAUAGUCUGUCGAAUCUUCUUAGGUUUAACAGAGGCUGGACUGUUUCCUGGAGUGACCUAUUAUAUUUCACUAUGGUAUCCCAGAGCAGAACAAGCAAAGCGAGUCGCAAUAUUCUUCUCGGCUGCUACUAUUGCAGGUGCAUUUGGAGGUCUUUUAGCUUUUGGAAUUGAACGAAUGGAAGGAGUCGGGGGAUUACACGGCUGGCAAUGGAUUUUCUGCUUAGAAGGCCUAGCCACUAUUAUUAUUGCAGUAUUGUCGUUUUUCUUCAUGCACGAUUACCCAGAAACUGCAGCGUUCUUGACUCAUAAGGAGCGGAUCACCGUUGUAGAAAUGUUGAAGAAAGACUCUCGCUCCCUUGCAACCCAUUACGACAAAAACUUUGUGUUCCAGGCCAUAAAGGACUACAAAACGUAUAUGCAUCUUGGAAUAUUCAUCGGCAUUUUAGUCCCAGUUUAUUGCAUUGCUUUGUUCAUGCCCACGAUCAUCAACGAGCUUGGCUACUCCGCGGCGAACGCUCAACUUUUAUCUGUCCCUCCCUUCGUUGCGGGUUGCAUAUUCACCAUUGUCGUUGGCAUCAUAUCUGAUAAGCAUCAAUUGCGGGGACCAUACAUCAUUGGCUGUGCGCUUGUGUCCCUUAUAGGAUUCAUUAUCUUGUACGUGGAAGAUAGGCCUGGUCCAUCUUACGCUGGUGCAAUUCUAGCUGCCGUCGGCGUCUUUCCAACUGUGGCAGUCGAACUAGCUUGGGUUGCCAGUGGUGCAGGUGGCGACAUGAAGCGAGGAGUUGCGAUUGCUAUGGUUAUCGGUAUUGGCAAUCUUGGAGGCAUAUGCUCCUCAUUUGUCUAUAUCGACCCUCCUCGUUUCCAUAUCGGACAUGGAACGAUGAUGGGAUUCCUCGGCCUCAGUAUAAUUUUGAGCGCGUUAAAGAUGUGGAACUAUACCAGACUUAACAAAGAAAAAGAAGCUCUCUGUCUUGCCGAAAAUAUAAGCGAUACGCAAGAAGACCAAUUCAAGGACAUGGGCGACGAGAGCCCGUUAUUUAGGCCUCAUUAUCAAUGGGUCUACAUAGCACACUACGAGUAG